AUGUCAUCGCGCAAGCGGCCUUUGUCGGAGCUGCGCAAUACUCAGACCCCCUCCAGAUAUGCGCCAUCCACACCGCACGCGAUCCACGCUCUCCAGCAGCGCAGCGGUGCGAAGACGCGGUCGGUACGCAGACCCAGGGCUUUCAGCGAUACCGUGCGACCGGACUCCGCAAGAGGGAUUUUGAGACGACUGGCGAAGAUCACUGCGCCCCUGACCAGAAAGGCGAUCUCGACUCCGGCGACUGCGACUGCGCGCGGGAAGGGGAGAGGAAAGGAGAAUCAGACACCGCGAAGUGCCCACAAUGGGGGCGACGAAGAUGCCGCAGACGAAGAUACAGAUACCGAUACAGAUAACCCCAAGCGACCACGGCUGGCUCUGGAACUCGACGACAGCCUGGACGAUGUCGAACCGCCAGCCGUCGAGGAUGACGAGGAUAGCGAGUUGCCGCUGGCCCCGACCCCUUCUAUACUGCCCGAUGAGGAUGAUGACAACCACACCGGCGAACAAGGCAGGAGGAGGAUUCAAAGAAACGAUCCGACCAUGACGUUUAAAUCGAUCGAUUUUGCACGAGACGCUGCCAGUGCGCGCACGUCCGCCACUCGCUUCAGCAGACGCUGGUCCAAAGCUUCUGACCAGCUGCAAGGCGACGAGAUAGAGGAGGAUCCAACCAUCCUGACCGAGAUGGGACGGAGAGCCAUAAGCGAGGAACCUACCGGGCGACUGUCGCGCUAUAGUUUUGGCAGCAUUCGAAUGAGCGACUUUGGAUCCGAGUUGGAGAUCAGGAGGGAAUCUACUCAGCGAGAACAGCCAAAGACUUUCAGGUUGCAGAAUGAAUACAGCGGAGUCGGGUUCAACUAUGAGCCCUUGGAUUUAGGUGGGGAGACUGAACAUCUAGAGAAUCUUGGCCGACCAUCUCCUUCGCCGCCGCCGCCGCCGCCAGAAGAAAGCACUAUGAACAUCCUGCCUCUGGAAGAGAGCUUCCAAUUGGAAAUGUUGGACAGAGAAGCAGUUUCAAGCCAUGCCCAAACUGCCUCGGCGGAAGAGGUACUUGAAGGAGAAACAACUCCAGCCGAGCCGCAGCGUAUGCAGCAUGCCUCUUCGUCGGUGGCACACUCUAGCCGGGAAGGCUCGCCGGUUGGUGAAGUUGUGCCGUCUUCUUCACGACCUCGCCGAAAAAAGGUCAAAUUGACCCGUCACGGAGAGCUCGUACCCUCCCUACCCUCCAGUGUGAUCAAGCGGGUUGCGAUCGAAGCACAUGCCAGACUCGGCAACCGCAAACCGAAACUUGGCCGAGAUCAUAUGGAAGCCCUCGAACAAGCAACCGAGUGGUUUUUCGAGCAGGUCGGUGAGGACCUCGCUGCCUAUUCCGAUCACGCUCGGCGAAAGAAGCGAAUCGACCGCAGCGAUGUGCUCAUGCUGAUGCGGCGACAACGGGUGCUUCAAGGUGACGGCGAGCUUCAGAAAGCUGUUCGGGAACUGCUUCCCAAAGAGGCGGCGGCGGAGCUGAAUGACGCGAUUAAUUGA